AUGCCACUUCGCCCAGAAAGAGUGCAAGAAAGUCUACGGGAGCUUCAAGCGACUGAACAUGUACCGCGUGUAUCUCUUUUCUCAAGCCAUUCCCUCCGCGACGGUGUCCAAACCCUCAAGCAGAAUGAGGGCAGGCCCAUCUCACCUCCUACAUCGUACAAGCCAGAACCGUUGUCCUCAUCACUAAAUUCGAAUUCCUCAAAUAUCAUUAGCAGACAUUCGCACCACGAUUUGAACAACUCGCAGAUUCGUUCAGAGAGACUUUCGUUGGCAGAGCCCGAAGAGACCCGCUCGUCGUUCACGACUUCGCCAUCUGCCAAGGAGGUUUUCUCCACGUCGCCCUCGAAGCUUGAUGUCAGCGGCAGCAAUCAAAUGGUCAGGGGUAUCUCUAUGUCUACCUUCAAGGAAGACUCGAUGGAGAACGACAUUUCUGCUGUCGUGUUGAAAGGCUUCGCAGAUCUCAAAUAUGCCAAGCAUGAGAAUGAAGAACAGCGUCGAGAGAUCGCUUAUCUUCGCUCACAGCUCAAUGUUGUGAAGAACGAGAAGGGAGAAGUAAUGCAGCGCUUGAACGGUGUCAAGGACGCAGCUCGGAAAGCCAUAGCGUCCAAUUCCAAGAGUCUUGAAGAAAUGCGAACGACGCUCCAAGCGCUAAAGCAACAGUCCGAAUUGGCAUUUGCCUUCGCUGUACAAGCGCGUUCGUCUUUGCCCGAUGUAGUUGAUAUGCGAUGCAUCAUUGAAAACAGUGCCAAAAAAUAUGAUCUGCUAUUCGACGGCGAUGGCAACAUGACCCGAGCAGCGGAGGUGAAACAGAUCAUUACCGAACUGCAAAUGGAAUCGAGACAGGCGAAUGAUCUCCUGCACGACAAACUGACCGAGCUAGCUUCACAGCUUAUUGAAGCUAAGGAUCGCAUACAAGCUGUCGAGAAGCUUCAUGCAGACAGCAAUGAAUCUUUGAAGCAGUCCAAUAUAACAAUUCUUGAGCAAGGAAAGGCAUUGGGUCAGACGCAGAAAGAAUUAUCUGAUACACUACGAAGUUGUGCCGACCUGAAUGCCACAACAGUUAUGUUGAGAGAAGAAGCGGCAAAGCUGAACAGAUAUGUGCAUGACAAGGACGAAGCUAUCAAUCUAGCUAGGAGCCUGGAAAAGAAGAAUGCACAGCUUCACUCGAUUGUCGAAGAUAAGGACGGCAGAUUGCGCGCGCUUUCCUCGAUAAAAGAUGAGCUCAUUACAUCUGUCGCCACGUCGAACGAACAAAGAAUGGAGUGUGACAACUUGAAAAAGACACUGAGUGAACAUGUCCAAACUAUCGAACGUCUCAAACUCAGGCUGCAACAAAUGGAAAUACGACUCAAGGUUCUCCAAGAACGCUUCGUAGAUCAAGCCACCACUUUGAAGCUCGCAAAAGAAGCAAACAGCGACGCUCAGGAGAAACAUUUCUUGGUUGAGAAGAACUGUACCAGCGCCCUCGAACAGUCCAACAAGACUCAACGUGAGAUCGCCAUCAUUGGCGAACGAAACAACUUUUUACAAAAGAUGCUCCACGAUGCCGAGCAAGAAACGAAACGUUUUCAAGAAUUGCUCACCAAUGUCAAGGCAGAAUAUGAAGGGCGCAUGGAGGCGGUUCGAGAGAAAGCUCUUUCUGAUGUUCAGAACGCCAAAGAGAUGGCUUUUCAGGCGGAGCAACGUCUCACUCAAGCUCAUACGGACGCAGACAACGCUCGUUCUCGCAUUGUUUCAAUCUCUCGUGAACUGGAUGUACUGAAGGCGCAGUCCCAGGAUGCUUUACAAAUCUCUUCCAUAAAGCAGAGCGAUAUCGAUGCUCUCAAUCUACAAAUUGGAGUUCUGAAGGCCGAGAGGGCUUUACUUACCGAACGUGCUGACACAAUCGUGAUUCGAUACAAAGCUGACGACCUAUCGAAUGAGGAGAGGAUGCUUGUGGAAACUUUGUUCAAGGAAUACGAGUCUCUUCAAGAGGACACAAUUUUAGAAAAGCAAAACGAGCUUAGAAGGAGCGUGAACAAAGUCAUGGAAUUGGAAUCGAAAAUCGUGUAUCUAGAGAAGAGUUUGGCACGACAUCUAAAUAUCGAGAAGCUUGAACCCAGCAUGCCAGGGGACAAAUCGAUUUCAGCAUCAGAAAAGUCUAUCCUCCCAUUAGAGAACUUCAUGUCGUCGAGUUCGGGUGUAGAGAAUUUUAGAGCACCUGACAGUGACUCGGGGCCGUCUCAACACGAUGGCGCAUCAGCAGACGAUAUCCCAGCCAAUGCGCAUCAGAGUCUCACAGAGUCUGGUGCUCUUCGUCAUCCAGCAACCAAUUUUUCUACUCCAAACCGAUCAACAAGGGAGCAAGUUGACACAGAACAGUCUGUGCAACACAAACGCUUGAAGAAGUCUGAACGAACGUUCGCUAGCCUCAAUAGCGAAUCUUCCAUCCUCUCCGAGCCAGAAGAUGAACCACCUGUUCGCAGAAUAGGAAAACGCGGUCCGAACCCACAUCCGGAAGACACAGCCGAUACCGAAAGGCCUAGCAGACGCUUGAAAACUGCUUCCCUCCUCACUGGGGCUCAACAGGGCGAUUCUUCGGGGAAGACUACUACUGCGCCAAUCACAAAAGCAAAACCCCGCAAACGCAAGUGA